AUGACCUCCUCCUCGGAAAAUAGUAGCACUUCCUCUGUUCUGGACACUGACGACGACUUUGAAACUCGCGAUCAUCACGACGCCUUAUCCGCAUGCUCGCAGGGCGAUGCAUCCUAUUCUCCAGCCGUUGAUCGAUUGCAGGGAUCAUCCCUAUCACAGAAAUUAACGCGGCUAGGUGUUGACCUUGCACGAAUUCGAUACAAUAAUAUCACCAUUGAAGAUCAACUCAAAGCCACCACUUCUGUCAUUCACAAAUUGGAAAUCCUCUUACCGAACGUAUCCUACGGGCCCGAUUAUAUUUGGCUCAUGCAAAACCAUACUAGUUUGACGCAGGCCAGGCAACAUCUUGAAAAUGCAAACCGUCUCCAACAAUGGAUCGACCAUCACACCGAAUGCCUUGGCCGAAAUACGUCGCAUGUAGAAAUCAACAACGUGCAACAAGCAUUUUUUGACUUUGAGAGUCGAGAAGGAGAUAUACUGAUGGAAUUUCGCCGUAUCAUUACCGGUCGUUCCACCCUGGAUUUCGUCAUUGAUGCAUUGUGGACAGUGCUCGCCCAUCUCGACCGUUUUCGCCAUCAAUUACAUCACCAGCUACACGUAGAUCAUGUACACUCUCUGGAAAUGAAAUUUGAUUCGCAAGCGAACCAAAUAACUCGGUCCAUGGAAAAUAUCAAAGUCAAUGCAUGCUUGGACAACGAGGAAUGGGCAAUAUUUCAAAAAUUAGACAAUACUGUUAAAGUCAGCUACCAAGAAAUACGUGAUUACUCCACUGACAGGGAGCUAACCUUACAAAUGACGGCUCGCCACAUCAAUAUUACAACUGCCGUCAAUGAAAUCACUGCAGCUAGACACGUUGCACAUCAUCAGACCGAGCAAAAAUACACGAUGAUCCGAUUGACUGAACAGGCAAACCAACUGGAGCAAGAAGACGACUGUAUAAACCAGACCUUGUCAUCAGCCGCUCAUUAUGAUCAUGAUACCAUCCAGACUUUGAUGACUCAAACAAGCCCUAUUCAGCAUCAGAUUGCCGAAUUUGUACAAAAUAAAACUUCAGUUGAAAACAUUUUACCUGCUACCUCUGUCGAAAAAUUACGCAUUCUCGAUAAUCGUAUGAAUCAAACGCUCAUCAAAAGUCAAAGUGCAAUCGAACGCCAAACGGCAAUUCAGCAAACAGCAAAAGACGCACUUCGUCUGCGAAAAUGGGUCAAAGCACGCAUUUCCGCCGUGGAUAGGUUGCACAUUCAUAUUCGUUGCAUGUUCACCGAAGCAGAUUGCCUAGCCUCGCAAAAACUCCUUGAAUCGCAACAGUUGCUUCUCAAUCUCUUCAAGAACACGCGAUUAAAACACGUUACCGAAUCGAUCGACAAACUAUCCUUAUCCUCGAGUGACGAUCUGCAGUUGUUGAAGGCUGAUAUGACGAGAAUGAAUGAUGAACUAUCGCGAUUGGAGAUCCUUUUAGAUCAGCAAAAAGUUGAACUGGAACUGAUUGAUAAGAGGAGACGAUGGGAUAUCUCUUACAAGGCUGCAUGUCAAUGGAUUCACCAAAUGAUGGAAACCAUCCGAGAAUUUGCUAUGGAAAAGGCGCAAUGCAAGGCUCCAGUGAGACUGAUACUCGGUCUCCAAGAUACUUUUAGCAGUAUGCAGCAAAGCGUAUCCAGUUACAGCCAUUCGGAAAUAAUAUCAGUGACAGAUGCUGCUCGAUCUCUUAUCAAACAGAUUGCCGACAGAGACGCCACUGUCACCACGCUUAUUCGACAGAGACGAUAUGCCCUCGAGCAAGACGUGGCCUCUCUGAAUCAGUUGCUUGGUUUCACGCAAGCAUUGCUGGAUCAGCGAGCCGCUGUUGCAGAGUACCUGGCCUCGGUAUCCAAGGCAGAAGUAUUCGGUUCCCAUGUUCUAUUCGAACUGCAAUCGCCUCUGAAAAUCCCACCCUCCAUUCUAGCGAGCUUUGAAGCACUGAUUUCCUAUUUUGAUCGGUACUUGUCAGUUGCCUGGGAUAGUUACCAGGCGAUCGAUUAUCCCCGAUGGCCGCAACAUGCCUUUGUCAUGAAAAAAGACGACUCUGCUGUCAAUGAGCUACAGUCGUACUUGCUCGAGCAAUAUCACCGACUGCUCGACCUAAGCCAAUCUCUGAACCGUACGCAAACUAUGCACGCGCAACACUUGCAGGCCGAAACCGCACGUUGUAGUGCGGAUAUUCGUCAUCUCCUAGAUCGACUUGAAAGAGCCACAGAACGUAUUCAAGCGGAAGAUCAAAAGCUGUCCAAUCCGUCCUAUCUUUUGUCGAACGACGAGCUUCAGAACAUGUUGGACCAUUGCAACGCCGAUCACGAAUUGACAGGAUAUGAAUUGAAUGAUCUGCUAGCGAGACUGAUUUCGGUGGAAUACACAGGGCCAGAGUCCAUGGGACAAUUGCAAGAGAAUGCGAACCAGUCAUCCUUAUUGAUUAGCGAUCAUGUCGAGAAGCUUGCAGCCUAUGCGACGCGUGUGCGCUGGACCAAGCAUCAAAUCGAAACGGACCAUGCCCUGCAAUGCUUGAUUGGCCAAUGGACCGCGUGGGAAAAGCGCUAUCAUGCGAUUUUAUUCGGUGCUGAUGCGGUCACGGAAGAGGCCGUUGCAUCACUGUCAGAGGAUCUAUUGACGAUGGAGCAGUUGUUAGAAGAGAUUGCUGGCCAAAUUCAACAGAUCAGCGAGAUGUUUGCCUCCAUGGAAUCCGCGUACCGACGGGUCGCUUAUGGGUUGCCUUUGAAUGCCGUGCAGGGACAGCAACACAUGGUAUCUUCCUUUCAGAAUCUGCAAGGAAAUGUAUCGCGCAGUGGUGCCGGGAUUGCCUUUGUCAAGGAUCGUACACACUUGGAAUGUAGUCUUGGCAAGCUUUUGGAUCUAUGCGGCAUCACUCUUCGAAAAUUGGAGGAUUUCAUUCGUGAUCGAGCGCGAUGGCAACCAUCUACAGGUAUUAGUCAUGACAAUGUCCAAGACAUGCUACGACUGUAUCUCGAUAUCUUGCAGAACGAAACGCUGUCUCAGAAGCGAAUGGCGGCUCAACAUGAAGAAGCAUUAUUAGCAUUGCAGGCCGCAGUAGAUCCUGAACAAUUUCCCUUGACCUACGCGUUCCGACGAAAAGCCGAACUGGAAGCGUUCAUGACAAAAGUGGAUCAGCAGAUUGCAUUCGCGGACAAGGUCCUCAAUCAACGAGACAAUGUAAUUGAGUGGAUGAAACAAGCGUUACCGCUAGAAACAACUGGUCAGAAUCACAAGGAAGCCUUUGCAACGUGCAGCAAGCUGGAAAAAAAGGAACGCAUACGAAGCUAUCGUCAGGAACUAGAUCUCUUGAUCAGCGGUGCUGACACUUUGCCUUACCCUGUACGGGAAGACCGUCGCCAAGAUAUAACUGCUAAUCGUGCUAUUGCAACGGCUGCCAAGGAGCAAAUAGACCGUUUGACCGACCUGUUGACCACGCUGAGAAGAUCCGAGCGAAAAUCGAAAUCCGUGAGUGAGGACCGACAGCGUAGCAGAAAGGUGUCGUUGCCUACGCACAAACCCGCGGGUUUUUCCUUAUUGAGCAAGUACCAGAUCAACUCGACCAAAUCGUCUCCGAUUAUGCGUCGUACCAGUAGUUCCAUGUUGCCCCCCGUCCCUCCGUGUGCACGACCCAAUGCGUAUGUUGCCGAUCCAAAGAAUGAUCUGGACAUGGAGAUUGGAAGAAUCGUCAACAAGGUUCCGUACAAGGUAAAACUGGAGAUGAUUCCGGGCGAAGUCGGACGUUAUCUGUUUGGAGGCAAACUGGUCUACUGUCGAAUUUUGCCCAGUCGCAUGGUGAUGGUCCGUGUCGGCGGAGGAUGGACAGAACUGUCCCAAUUUUUGCGUGAUCAUGCUUUGCUGGAUCACGGCUUUGUGAAAAAGAGUAUGUGUUGGGACUCGGAAACCGCGAUUGUAGGUUCGAUUGAAGAAGGUUUCAUCGACACAAGAUCAAGGUCCGAAACGGGAAGAUCUCGCUCAGGUAGCAUCUCCACUUCUUCCUCGACAAAAUACAAAGCCGGUUACAAGGAUGGCGAUCAUUAUAUCGCCGUCGAUAACAAUGGCAACCAAUUGGCCUUUUCCAUGACACCCGCCACCAUUGUAAAUGAUAUGUGCACAAAACGUUAA